AUGGAGACACCAAAACCAACUGGAAUUCGCCUCAGUCAGCAAUGGCUCGAUAGUGACGCGCAACAGAGAAAGCCACUUAGUCAAAUUUGGGUGCAAGUUCGAGCUCGUGAUGAACAUACUCUCCGUCGUCUAGGGUUUGGCCAAGAAGAUAUAGAUCAUGAUCUUGCAAUUUUAUCUGCGGAUAGUGAUCCAGAACACCUCGCAUCAAUUGAGAAACGAAAUGCUGAAAUCCACGCAGAGAUGGCAGUCAGGCACGCGAAAAAGCCAGAGAAACUUGGUGUUCCAACUCGCUCUAAAAUCAAGACCAGAAAACUCCCCAACACAGAUGAUGAAAAGAAUUCUGUGGAGAUACUUUGUGAACCAACCACAACUCCUGCAACUUCUGCACCUUUACCAACGCCUAAAGUACUUGAGCGCACUAAGACAGUACCCUGGAACUCCCUCGUUGACGCCAUGGCCGACGCUGGAUUCAUAGCGAGCCAAAGCGCAGGAGGAUCAGCCGUUCAAUUUGAGCCUGAUGCCAGCUCGCCUUGGUUUGGACAGGGCCAGAUAGUCUUCCACAAACCCCAUCUUGAGCGUGUUGUGGACGCGAUUAUGUUGGGAGCAAUGGGAAAGCGGAUGGAGAAAUGGCUUGGAUGGAGCGAUGAGAAUUUUGAAGUGGGUAAGAAACAAUAG